UUUUAGUAGGGUUUUCGUUUUCUUUUCCAGUGUCAGCUGGAAAAUAUCAGGGAAACCCUGUCAGAUUGUGCCUCUAUUUUAACCUAAUUUUCUCAGAAGCGUAUGCAUCUUGCAAUAUCCACAGCGAUGGCCCCAAGGAAGCGCAUCUCGAGGAUUGCAUCGCGCAGUGCGGCGCCAGUGGAGCAGGAGAUUGAGAUCAGCAACAGCAGCUCGGUUGCCACCCAAACCGAUGUCCAGGCUGCGGGUCCACCGAAACGCAAGAAGGGCCAGAACAAGGUCACGCCUCUGGACCCGCACUUGGCCACCCUCCUGAUGCCGGCGGGCAAUCCACAGACACUGCCAGUGGCCUCUCCCGAAACAGUAGAGGGGCAGCCGGAUGAACUGCCAUCGUUUGUGCCCGGUCCAAAUGAGAAGGCCUGCCAGGCGGUGGCCGACGGGACCGCCGACCCGGGGGAUCGGGUCAUCACCCCCAACUCCGGCGAACGGCAGAUAAACUACCUGAAGUCUGUGGUGAGCAAUCGCCGCGAAGAGGCCAACUUGUGGGAUCGCAACCGUCUGGAAAUGCUGCUGGGCCAGAUUAACGGCGACCCUCCGCCGCGCUGGAACUCGGCCAGCCAGAUGUGGCUAGAGGUCGACAGGCUGGAACAGCGCAUUGAGGACUACGACCGCGGGGAGCUGCCGAUUGCCAAGAAGCGCAAGGUGGAGGAGGACGGGGCGCAGGAGGAGGGCCACGAUGAGUGGCAGGGGGAGGAGCUAGAAGAGGGACAGGAUGAGGUGCCAGCAGAUGAACAGGACGAGCGGAAGACUCCAGGAGGGACUUAGAAAGUGGCGACCUACGAGCACUGGCACCUCUUCCAAUGGCUCACGGUUCUCACUUCCCUACUAAUCUCUACUGAUCUCACAGUCGACAAAUCCAACAUAAAAUAUUCAAAGGCUCAUGGUAUUGCACUCAUUUCCUACACACAAAAGGUGCAUAAACUCAAAUAACUACCGAGAAGAUUAAUUACUUGGAACCUUGAAAUUGGUAUCAGCGAAUAAGUUUUUGCGAAAUUUUGAUUUGCAAUCUUAAGAAAUGGAAAAUGCUGUGGAUAUUACAGUUGCAGUGCGCUAGAUGCACCAUUACACAAGACGCAUGUAACCAUUGAUGGUGACAAUAACGCUUUAUUAAACAUAUUUUUAACGGUCUA